UGCGUAAGAAAUUUGGCUGAGCUCAGGACGCUUUCUUCCCAAGCCUCCAGCUACCAAUCCAAGCCAUUCUGCCAACAGUUGAUCAGCGUGUCCUGGGAAGAAAAGCUAUUUAUUUCUCUUCAUCUGCUGAAGCAGGAGAGGCAGACAGAGGCUGUGAAACCAUGCUUUACCCUGUGUCUCUGCUUUUCCUUUUAAUACUGAACCACCAAGGCCUGGCUGCUGGUGAUCCUAUUGCUGAUCAUCGAGGAACCUUAGAGCAAGAUGACUGGUGUGAUAAUCCCAGCACCAUUCACAGGCGCUUAGAUACCAUCCAAGAGCAACUGGAAAAAACAGUUGAUCAUUUGGACUCCGAAGUCAAGUCACUGCUUAAUGAUGUUAGUGAAACGGCAUGGACCAAACCUCUUGCUUCUGGAAUCCCACUGGUAGAUCUCUUUGAAGAUCCUAGUUGAGCUUCCAGACGAUGGACUGAAAACCCAGACUCUGAACUGAAUACACCACCAGAGUCAGCCUUCAAGUUGCCUUUCUUGUUGCAUCAACUUUGAAACCGAGCUGGUCUAUAAAGUGUUGAGAUGGACAGCA